AUGGAAGCCGUGGUCGAGGAGACCGCGAAUACCGGGAGAAGCGGAAGCGUGGCAAUCAGCAGGGAGAUCGUGGCCGCGGUGACAGAUAUCGUCCUGGAGGAGACCGUCACGAUGGCAGGUCUCGUGCUACCCAAGGUUAGCCUAAUGUCUUUCACGAGAUCGGUCAGGCUCUUCAUUGGCACCAGGUGUAUAGAGGUCUAG